AUGCCGCCAUCUAACAGGAGACGACAACCCCAAGACGCCCAACCAUGGAAGGGGUCACCAAAAUCGGAUCGGCGGUCGAUGCUGUUUUCGCGAGGAAGUUUGAGGCGUAGGAAUAUGGAAGGCGACUUCAUUGAUACAACCCCCCUGCGUAGACGGCAGAUUGUCAGUCGAGGCCAUGACGACGGGUUUCGUGGAUUUAGAGGCGGUCAUGAUAGUGAUCAUGAGAGCGACAGUGAUUCAGACGAUGAUUAUCUGAAGCAUGAUCCCGGAGACUCGAGUAGCGACGAAAGCGACGACGACGAAUACGAUACGAUUGGCGAUAUUCCGCAGCAAACAACCCAGUUAGCUACUCCAAGCUUGUCGGGGUCUAUCGUUACUCUGACUGCGCUCCCAAGCCAAACUACUACGUUGAAAAUAAUGACCACUACUCCCAUAUCGCAGCUAUCUUCCACUUCUCUUCCGCUUUACGUUCCGGUAUUUUCAGCUCCUCCCACUUUGGGGAAAGCAGUCCCUCCACAACAGGGUAAAGAGGAAGAUCAGAAAUAUGACUACAGCGAUCUAGUACCAUCUCCCACUUCCCAGCCAACUACUGCAUUCACUGGAACAGUGACUACGGAGCCAACUUUCGUACCUGUAGCCUCAGAUACUGCGAAUGAUAGCGAUAAUGGAGGGAAGCAUAAGUGGCACAAUGAUCCAGACUUUCAAAAGCAGCAACAGGGCGUGCUGAAUCCUACAGCGGAGCACCUUCUCAUUGCCGCAGGUGCAAUAGGUGCUUUCAUCUUAUUCUGUUUUAUCGGAUGGGUCAUCUAUAGAGUCUUCAAGAAGACGAAGGGUCAGAGCAUCGGUAUUGGCGGCGGUAUGGGCUUCAUAGACAAGUUCAACGAGAGACGAAGGGGACCGGUAGAUGACCGUGCGCUUUACGUGUCGAAUGAGGCGCCUCCCCUUUAUGAGAAGGGCGAGUAUGGAACCAUGCAAUCAGGUACCUUUUAUGGCCCUAAUAAAGUACACCCGUCAGGAAAUGGGAGCAUAACCCAUUCGGUCGUCGCGAAUUCCGAGCCGGGGGCCCUAAGGCAGCUACCGGAUAGCAAUCCACCACUUGCAAGCGUUGUAGAUCAAUAUGCUGUAGGGAAUGGGGUCGCAGCGUAUAAUGGCGAUAUAAACAUGACAAUGAGGUCUCAAGUGACCCAGCCAUAUUACAACGAAUCGGAACUUGUUCGCCAGCCACCGGAAAUAUAUAGCGCACCGAAACGGGCUGGAACUCGAACUAGCGAAAUAUCAUCCAUCUCUUCUGGAUUCGGAGACGGCGACAUUAUUGUACCUCCGCCCUCAGGAGCAGAAAAGCCAGCACCUGUUCAGGUCGAAGAGAAUGCUACCGCUCGAGACUCAUGGAUAAGUCGACCGGGUGAAAGGAGAGAAACGGUAUAUACGGAAGCGAGCGAGGACCGCCCAGCUCGAUUCCGCUCUAUAACCAGCUGGGUUAAUCAGCAAGCGGGUCGGGCGAAGAGAGCUCAUUCGAGGGCGCAAGAGCGUGGAGAAGUGCCUGUUAUGCCCGCAGUCCCAGGCGAGAUGAGUACCAUACGACAGACCGCUUACCGGUGA